UCAGAGCCAUAGAUUUCUAGAUCAGUGGGUCUUCAAAUUGUCUCCACAAUACAAGGGCUAUGUGACACCAACCUGUUGUCAAAUCGACAUAGAUAGGGUCGAGCAAGUGUUUGUGUUUACAUCACAUCUAUUCAGUAGAUGGAUGAAUGAUAUAGGGCCAAUCUAUCUGUGCAGCCAGUCGUGUCCUGGUUCAUUGAAAGAAGUGCGACUUGGCCUCUUUUUUCAAAGUUUUGUAAAAGACACAAUAGAAAGAUGUACAUAGAAGAGAAACCAUUGGGAUUCUAUAUAUGUAUGAAUACACCGUGGCCAUAAUGCACAGAGAGUUUAAAACGCCACAUAAUCGUAGAAUUAUACUGGGAAUUGGUGGAUUUAAAUGGGUUUUGUGAGGCGGACGUGUUUGUACUAGUAAACUAGAAGUUUAAAAGCGAAAUAUCGGUCAUUAUUGACUUUUUUCUGCGAGAAACACCGUGCGAAUACAUCAGUCGAUUGAGGGAUUUAUGAUCAGAAAAUUUCGAAUCCUGUGCUUUUGGAAAUCAUAUAAGCCUGAAAUUAUGUUAUCAUAAUCGUGCGUUGUUGAUAUAUGUUUUCUUAUUUGGAUGAGUUAAUUUCUUGAGAAUGUGAAAUGGCGACGUCACAAAACCAGGAACCGGUCAGAAAUGGAUUCCAUGAUGGCGAAAGUCUGAACGAGCGUAUGAAAAAAUACAAAAUAGAUGACGACGAAGACAACACAGGAAGUAAACCCGCCGAGCAACUCAACCAGCCUCUUUUUAAGGAUGAGGCCGAAAGGUUGAAACAUCUGCACAAAAUCCGCGCCUCUCCUACUAGUUCAGCAGCUUCCAGAAUCUCCAAAAACAGGACCCGUAGUUACGAGGUCAUAGGUCCUCAAAACGGGAUGAAUACGUACGUCAGCCUUAGCUAUGGAGCUCCGCUGGCAACCCCUACGGUCCCGGCUAGGGCCCCUAUGUUCGAUCCAACUCCUCUUGUGAUUCCAAAGGACGGCAAUUUACAGGGCUUCAGUGUGGACGAAAUGGCCGCGUUUUUCAGAUACAUGAGAAUUAACGAAGAAAUAGUUCAGAGACUUCAACGCAAAGAGCUGGACGGAAGGAAAUUCGCGAAACUUAAGGACAGUACUCUAGAAGACUUACAAAUCAAAAACCCCAUCAUACUCCAUUUCAGGGACAGGUCAAAUAAGGGGCGAACUAGUUUCAUGUUAUAAACUGCAGGUUACCCCAGGAAUAGGAAAUGUCCGGGGUAUACAUGUGAUAUUGACACAGUGUCUGGUGUUUACAUUACUAAUCAUCAUAUUCAAAAGAGACAUUUGCUAAAGGCAGAUUCUCGAUGAGUGGUAGCAGACUGCAAUUUCUCUGUGAAUUAAUAAGCUUUAAAUUAACCAAAUUGAAUAUUUAAAUAUUUAUGUUUAUGUAUGUAGAAAUACAUUCUUCCUAUUUUCAUAAAUGUGUAUAAGACCCUUGUUAAAUCAAUAUUCAUUAUUACAUGUACUCAAUCCAGUAUUCUGUAUAUCAAUAUCCUUUAAUGUAUACAUAUAGCAAUAAGAGUGCGUGAGAAGCAUACAUGUCUACACUAAUACAAUCUACAUGUAGCUCUAUAUUCAUAUGGAGUUUAUGUUAACAACAUAAUGGGCAUAUAACACGUCUGGUUAUAGACAUCUUCUUUGUAAACGAUGCAUACUUUUAAAAAUGCAUAUGGAAUUUGCAACCAGUUUUGAAAAGAAAUCAAAACCCGUUUCUCCUGUCUUCAUAAUAUCUAAAGAUGACGCCCAUUUGAAUAAGCUUAAUACUCGUCUAAUAAAAGCUUGCAUAUUUGAAUAAAAUACUGAAAAAUGAAAA